AAAAUGAUUUAUUAGUUGUAAUAAGCAAUAAGCAGAAGAACUAAAAGGUGCUUUUCCUUCUCCGUUGAGGUGGUGGUGCCCUAGAGCUCGUCGGCAGUCCGAAUCAUAGCUUUAAUGGACGAUCUCACUGCUUAUUACGCUCCUCCAAUCCACCACCCUUACUACCAGCCGCCUCCUCCUCCGCCUCCGGGAACGGCGCAUACGCCCCCGGCCGCCGUCGCCCACGUCCAGCCCCAAAUCGUCGCCUACGCUCCUCCAAUCUACCCACAGUCUUCGCACGACCAGGUUCGUACGCUCUUUGUCGCCGGCCUCCCCGACGACGUCAAGCCGCGAGAACUCUACAAUCUCUUCCGAGAAUGCCCCGGAUACCAGUCCUCUAAUCUCAGACCCCCUACCUCAUCUAAUAAUCAGCCUUUUGCUUUUGCGACUUUUGUGGAUCAACAAUCAGCAGUAAUGGCUUUGCAUGCAUUUAACGGUAUGGUGUUUGACCUUGAAAAAGGUUCUACUCUGUAUAUUGAUUUAGCGAAAUCUAAUUCCCGGUCAAAACGAUUACGAGCAGAUGAUGAGAGCCAAGGUUCAGAAAAAAGGCUGAAAGGGGCUGUGGCUAGUUCAAGGGGUGAUGAUCCUGGUCUUGGCAGCAUUCACACGCCUGGAAUGGGUAAUUCUGCUUACAACACGAUUGGUUAUUCUUCUACACAAAGUCUGCGGAAUGUUGAUGGUGGGUCCAUGAGCGGAGCUUCUUUGAAGUCGAACAGCAGCCCAUGUCCAACGCUUUUUGUGGCCAAUCUAGGUCCACAUUGCACUGAGGAUGAGCUGACACAACUGUUUUCUAGAUGUCGUGGAUUUAUAAAGUUGAAGAUGCAAAGUACAUAUGGAGCUCCUGUUGCAUUUGUUGACUUUCAGGAUACUGCUUGUUCAACGGAGGCUCUAAGUCAUCUACAAGGCACAGCUCUCUAUUCCUCAACGUCUGGCGAAGGGAUGCGACUGGAGUAUCCUUUUGAGCUAGUUACAGUGGUAAACCGUUUCCAUUUUCUAAUAUAUACAGUUAUGUUAGAUCACAUUUCUUGGCAUGUUCCCCUAACCUAAAUUUAGAUAUGCAAAAUCUCGGAUGGGAAUGCGUAGUAAGAGGUCCAGGUAAAGUGCUGCAGUUAAAUUGUUGUGGAGCCUCACUGGGCAAAUGGCCCACCGAGCAUAAUGCGUCAUUGAACAAACCUAGUUGGGGGUAUUCAAUUUGUGUAAUUUACAUCAUUGGCCAACAUUAAGUAAAUGUGAGUAGAUGUUUGCACCUAACCAUCUCUACUUUAGAUAAACAAUGUUUGAUUAUUUUGUUGUCUGACUAUAUAUAUUCAUUGAGGAGUUCAUAUUGAA